UCUUGCCUAGCUGGCCAAUCAGAAGUGAGGAGUGCGUCGGGCGGAAGUACCGUUUGCAAACAUAAGCGUAGCGGAGUUCCCGCGGCCGGCGCCAUGGAGGACUACGAGCAGGUCCAGAAGGGCCCGCUGAAGCUGAAAGGCGUCGCGGAGCUCGGCGUGACGAAGCGGAAGAAGAAGAAGAAGGAUAAAGACAAGGCCAAGAUGCUGGAGGCCAUGGGGACGAGCAAAAAGAGCGAGGAGGAGAAGAGGCGCUGCCUGGACAAGCGCACGCCGGCGCAGGCGGCCUUCGAGAAGAUGCAGGAGAAGCGACAAAUGGAAAGAAUCCUGAAGAAGGCGUCUAAAACCCACAAGCAGAGAGUGGAGGACUUCAACCGACACCUGGACACACUCACUGAGCACUAUGACAUUCCCAAAGUCAGCUGGACCAAGUAACCUGCCCCUGGUGCGAAAGGCAGGAGGCCAGUUGACUGUGUUGAUCCUCUCCACGUUUUCUUGAGUGUUCUACAACUGCCUGGUGCUGAGACCAGGCUUCUGAAACUUGAUUAAAGUCAGGCUGUUCUUUAACUGAGUUUUGGUGUCAGGGUAGUGCCCGUUCGCAUUUGGACUGCAACAUUGUGACGUGACAAGGUGAGGUCAUUUCUGGGUAAGGGCCAUGGCAGGAAGGUCCCCUCUCCACCCCUAUAGCAGCCUCUGUCUUCACCUGUACCGCAAUGCCAGGCAGGACGCUCCUGCCCAGUGCUGCUGCGUUCUGGGCCACCUGGACAUCAGAUCACAUCCGCAACAGCCACCUGAAGCAAGGAUGGAACACGGGUCUCCAGCACAUAGCCUGGCCUGCUGCCA